ACCAGUACAGUUCAUCAAUCUUGGCGGUUCGGUUGAACUUAGAUAUUGAUUACACUACAUAAUUUGUUUUGCGAUCAGUGAAAUGGAUUGUGAACAAGUGAAAACUACACCUGCGGCGACAAGUGAGGGCAUCAGCAAACCCAAAACGAAGUACAGCAUUGAUCAAAUACUGGGUGUUUGUUCCAAUAAGAAAGCGCGUCUUGCUGAAAAUGAAUCUGAUUCCAAAACCAACAAUUUGAGUGAGAAUGAGCUAUUGGACGAAGUUCAUGAUGAAUUGAACGAAUCUAGACCAAGGAAAAUCAGAAGGUCUAGGACGACAUUCACAACUUACCAGCUGCAUCAAUUGGAGAGGGCUUUUGAGAAAACACAGUACCCAGACGUUUUUACGAGGGAAGAAUUGGCAUUGCGGUUAGAUUUGAGUGAAGCACGCGUACAGGUUUGGUUCCAAAACCGAAGAGCCAAAUGGAGGAAACGCGAGAAGGCACUCGGCCGAGAGACAGUCCCUUACAUGCAACAGUCUGAUCAGCCUGUUUACCCAACGGAAUUCAGCUACCAAUCGCCCCUGAGAUUACCGACGAUUGGACAUGAAUUCUGGCCCCAUUUCACGUUUCCUUCGAUGUUCAAUCCAUCACUGGCAGGCUUGCCCUGGGGAGUCAAGACUCCAGUACCUUUCCAUGCAUUGCUCUCCCAGUACAUGCAUCUUUCGCAAGGUAUGCCACACCUAGGGGUCAAUCCCAUACCCGACGAAAGAUCAAGAAGUGCGAGUCCUGAAACCAUCAGUAGCAGCACCUCCAGGGUAUCUCCAACCAAUCUAGAGUCUUACGUCAACAGGUCCCAGGAGAAUAUCAAAGUACAAGCGAAAUCAUAAGGAUACCACUUCAGAUGGACAGCUUGUUUUUUUUUUGAGCCCCCUGUAUAUAUUGAACAUAGUGCAAUAUUUAUUCGAAUUGUAUAUACACACAUUAUUUUCGAAAUUUUUUUUUUUAUUUCGUUCUUCGCCAGAAAUUCUCUACAAUUUGUUGUGUUGACAAAUUUUGGAAAUCAACUUUCAUUAUUUUGUUAUUUGGGACAUUCAUGGUAGGAAUCAUGAAGGAGUUUCGCUCCUCUCAAUAAUUUCUGCUCGAUCUCAUUUGCUCAUAUGUUUAGAACAGUUUAAAGGACAACAAGAAUUUAUUAUAGUUUUUAUUUUAUAUUCGAUCUUCUUGGAAACUAAACUGGCACUUUCAUAGAAUUUUUGAAUGUUAACUCUAUAAAUGUGUCGAUUUCAAGAAGUUGCGUUAUAUAUUUAUUGUCGAAUUGACUUUUGUUUUGUAAAUUCUUGUAAAUAAAUAAAUAUUUAUUAUACUUCAUAGAUUUAUUGAUAUGAAUUGAGAAUAGAGUGUGAAGAUGUAAUGUAUGCUACCUUCUUGGAAAUAGGUAUAAAUUAAGAGAUAUAUGUACUACUAGUUGACCUUUCAUUUUGUAUAAAUGAAUUUGAGACAAUGAUUGAAAUAAAACAAUUCCAACAUCCAAUGUUA